UACCUCUUUGUCUGUCUUUCCUUCUCUUUUUAAUUUUGAAGGCAAAUUCGCGGCCUCGAGUCUUUUCUUUUUCCGUAUCGUUUUUACUUUCCACCACUUCCAUUUUCCGUCAUCAUGGAGGAUGCUGCUGCUUCUGCUAAUGUGUUGGAAGCCAAAGAUGAAACUAUUUCUGUUGCUUCAUCUGGCAAGGUAUGAUUGAUACUUUCUGCUUCAUCUGCAACUGUCCAGCAUAGAGACCACAAGAUCCACACAAGGCCAGUGUUGGAGAGACUUGAGGGGAGUAAACACCGGAUAGAUUUAUCCCUGUGGACCAGGAGGGACCACGUAAAGAAACCUGAUAUUACACUUUAAUCAAAAACCUUAAGACUCAAAUUUAUAAGUCUUCUUCUUACUUAUAUGGUGUUCAAUCUUUUCACUUCUAUUCGAUGCGGGAAAAAUUGACUUACAUUAUGUAUGAAAUAUCAAGUUUAAUUUAUUGUUUUAUGUAUUGUGAUGACUGAAUUUUCGUAGGCUAGUUUUUGGUGUUUUGUCUACAAAGUCGUACAAGGAGCCACCGACUCUAUAAAAAUUUCCACAUUUAUUGUUUUAAAUAAUAUUGCGAUGACUUUCACCUCACACUUGAUGCGCAGGCCAGAUCUUGAGCUCUUGCAUCUCUUUACUUGUUUUUUGUUUGUGUUUGCUUCUCUUUUCAAGUGAAAACCUUUUUACUAUCAGUCACUUGCUAUUUUCCUUGUCCUCUUUUUCGUCCAAUCCUAAUACCAUCAUGGAGGAUGCUGCUACUUCUAAUGCUGCAGAGGAUAGAGAAAACAAGUUCCUAACUAUGGCAAUUGAAGAAGCAUAUAAGGCGGUUGAAAGUGGCCAUGGUCGCCCAUUUGGUGCAGUUAUUGUUCGAAACGAUGAAAUACUUUCAAGCUGUCAUAACAUGGUUGUAAGAAAUGCUGAUCCCACUGCCCAUGCUGAGAUUACUGCUAUAAGAGAGGCUUGUCAAAAGCUGAAUCAAGUUGAACUUGCUGACUCUGAAAUCUAUGCUUCUUGCGAGCCUUGUCCAAUGUGCCUUAGUGCAAUUCAUUUUUCCAAAAUUAAGAAACUGGUUUAUGGAGCUAAAGCAGAAGCUGCGGUAGCAAUUGGGUUUGAGAGUAUCAUUGCUGAUGCACUGAAGGACACUGGUUUUUAUGAGAAACUCAACUUAGAGGUAAAAAAGGCUGAAGGUAGUGUUGCUGUAAUGGCAGAACAAGUAUUCGAGAAGACCAAAGACAAGUUUAUUAUUCCCUGAUUAGUUAGCUUUAAUCAUCUUAUUAAAUGUGAGCGCAAGUUACAAUUGUUCAGGAAAACUUUUGAUUCUUGGACAAAAAUAAUAAUUUUUGUCAGACUUUAUUUUGGAUUAGUCAGGUCUCAUUUUCCUGAUAAUCCGGAGGAUUAGAUAAAAAAGAAAUAAUUCAAGAAAUAUAAAAUUUGCACGUUCAUGUUUCUGUUCA